AUGGCGUUAACGCAGUUCACCCAACCCCACCCCAGACAAUGCAAAGCACAAACGCUACAAGCAAAGCGAGACAGAAUGGGCGUUGGCCGACCUGCAAAGACAAAUUCGAGAAAUCCAGAUCUCCCUGCGCCCACGGACAAGGAAACCGACCCCAUCUCCACAACAAUGGAGACAAACCCCCAGCCGAUAACGGAGAAGCGACCAGGGCAUUUGUUGGUUUCAUCACACAUUUGGCGAUGGAGCCAGGAACUGCAGAACUUCCUGUACACACCCAUCGGCCCGGGGAAACUAGUAAACCGGAGAGUGGCGACGACUAACUCAUCCGGUGCCAACACGCAAUGUCGUCUGUUCUACGUUUGGGGUCGCCGGAACAAACUGAAAUUCCUAGUAGACACAGGUGCGGCCAUCAGUGUGGUACCCUAUCAGAACGACCAUGCCGCUAAGCCCACCCUGUUCAAACUACGAGCUGCGAAUGGUUCCGUGAUAGACACGUACGGAGAAAGGACCCUCACUCUGAACAUUGGCAUGCGACGUGAUUUCACUUGGACAUUCAUCGUGGCCAACGUGAAGAUACCACGGUGUGGAUUUCCUGGCGCAUUACGCACUGGUGGUCCAUAUGAACCCCAGGACCCUAUCCGACACAACUACGAAUCUCCGUGUCUUAGGUACGCCUACACGUCAAAGCUCCACAGGAAUUAG